AUGCUGAAGAGCUUCGCUAAUAUAUACUGGUCCCCAGAUAUCAUCAGUGGAAUUAAUAGUUUGGGAAACCAAUCUCGUGAAUCAAUUCAUCAAUUACAUGAUUUAAGGAAAUUGGUAUUCAGUUACAUCAAUUACUUCUAUGCCAACAGUGAACAUUUAUACAAGCUAGGGAUAGACUUGAAUUCUACAGAAAAUAGUUUUGUGUCUAGAGAUGAUGCCAAGAAGCAGGUUAAUCGUAAAGCAUCGAGUUCAAUCAGAUCUCCAACUGAAUCGGCUAAUGAUAAACAUGAAGAACAGGAUAUAACUGUGGAGUACGCGUAUAAGACGUAUAUUAAUGAUUUGAUGACAGAAUCAACGCUUUUAACAAAUCAAGCUAGUGUGAUCGAAAGGGAGGUAAUGGAGAAUAUAAAUUCAUUCAUCAAGUAUCACGAAUCUAAUGUACGGAUGUCCAUAUCGGAUCUCAAACGUUUGUAUGAAGAUUAUACUAAUACAUAUCAUAAAGUCUUAAAGCUAAAGAAUAGUUAUGAAGAAUUCAUACGAUCAAAGGAAUUGGAACAUGAAUCUAUAGUGGAGAAAACGGCCAAUAUCAGUAUUAGUUCUGACUCUGAAGCUAAUGAAUCAAGUGCAUCAAUAAUCCAAGAAACUGUGGUACCUUCUCCAACAUCAGAUUUUAUCUUUCCUAUUCAUAUUGGUUCUAAAGAAAUUAAUGAAAUAGAAGAACUCCGGACACUCUUAACGGAAAUGCAUUCAACGGUUCCAACUAUUAAACGAAAGAUCGCUAUACCGGGUUCAAAAAAUGAUAUUUUCAGUAGUGAUUCUUUGACAGACUAUAUAAGGAAAAAGAAUAUAUUAGGUAAAGUUCCUACCCGUUCAUCAAUUGAAAAGUUUGGUCAGUCCUUAUUGGAUCAGAAAUUCGUCAUAGGAAGUGGAUUCUGGGGUUCAAAAACUUUCAAGAGUGAAGGAAUAUGGUUAGAAUGGUCUCCAUUGACAGAAUAUAUUAUUUCUUAUGAUUCUAACGAAGAAACAACAACAACAUUGGCUGCUAGUGAAUCAAGAACUUCAAAGUCAGCCAUUGAAGAAUCAUCAACUGCAUUUAUGAACAAUAUGGUUAGCAAUACUUCCAAGCUUUUUAAAACUGUCAAGUCUACUAUGAAGCGUGGAGAACAAUAUGAAAGUCUUGAGGAGAUAGAAGAGCUUUAUGAAUCUGCAUAUCUUGAAUUACAAGCACUUAAAUUUAACUUAGAUAAGGAAAUUCUUGCCAAAUCGCAAGCAUUAGAAACAUUUGAAAAAUUAAGAAUCGAUUUGGUAUAUCUGAGUUUAACCAAAUUACUGACAAUUAUAUACAAUUUUUCAUUAAGUUCAACCACUAGAUUACAUGGAUUUGCAGUUAACUUCACUGAAAACAUUAAUCAAAAAGAGAACCCUCCUAAAGAUCUAGAUAAUUUGAUAAACAAAUUCAGUAGUGGGAUUUUCUAUGCUAGUAAUUUAGUUCCAGAGUCAUUACAGAAAAGUUCUUCUAGUGUACUUCAACCUAAUAGCAACUUCCAAAGCAUCAAAUUAAAAUUCAACUUGUAUAUAGAUAUCCCAUUACAAGUUCUUCUAUAUCAAUCUGCUGAUAAUGAUGAUUCAUCUAGUUUAUUAAGUAUGAGGUCAAUUCCAUUAUUUCUUCAUGACUUAAUAAAACUCAUAGAAAGCAAGGACGAUAAAGUGACCUUACAGGCUGCGUGGAGUAAACCGUUAAAUCAUCAAGAAUAUUGGAGUAUCAAAGAGAAUGCAAUUAAGUUCAUAAAUCAAUACUCAGACAAAUGGGAUGGCAAGGUGACCAAAGAAUCCGAUAUUCAUGCAAGUUUAAUCCACGAUCUUAUUGAGAGUCUUCAAGGUAUAUCUGUCGAUCAUUUAGUAAAUUUUGCUAAAUUAUGGUUACUUGAAGUGUCCGAUUCAAUCAUUCCUUGCCUGGUGUAUGAUUCCUUAUGUGGAUUAUAUAAAUCAUCUUCUACUGAUAAGAGAAAGGAUGAAUUAGUUAAAGUAUUGGGAUUCUUAUCCAGAAGUAAUUUGGCAUCAUUAAUAUUACUUCUUGAACAUAUUGUUACUGCUUUUGAUUUGGCCAGCAUACCUAAUUACGAACUUUCAGAUAAUUUCGAAUCCUUAGAAAGUAACGAUGAUCUCAAAACAGUCGACUCUGUUUCGAGUUUAUUAAACUCAAUGGAUGAAAUAGGUUCAAUUCCGUUCGUGCAUUUAAUCUUAAGGCCAUCUCCAUCAAAAUCUGCUGGUGGUGUUAAACCAGAUAUGAGUAUAUAUGGGUCUAUCCUCCGUGAUUUAUUGGUUUUAGAUACUAGAGGAAAGCUUUUUGAAACACUUGUUGAUAAAGAGAAGGUUUACAAUCAAAAGAGACAAGCGGAACUCGCCCAACCUAUUCCUAAAAUUGAAAUACUUGCACCUGCUAUAACUGAAACCCCUCUGACUCCGGUCAAAGUUCAGAGAUUGAGUAAUGGAAAUAUGGUUCCUCUUAGUCCUAUUCCUUUGAAAGCUGAAUUAUUCUCUCCCAGACCAUUUAGAACUGGUAACACACCAAAUCCUUCUCCUAGAGGAUCUCCUAUACAUAAAAAGAGAGAUUCAUUAAAUGUUUUAGAUACCAUAACCUGA